CGAUUAUUCAGAUGUGAGCUAAAAUGGAUUUUUUGAUAUUUAUUGGUUAUGGUUUUACUGUUUCACAUUUUACUAAUUUUAUUUAUAAAUCUUAAGGUAAUAAAUAAUUUUGUACUUGAAGAAAAAAAGGGCGACAGUAAUAGUAUUGUAAUAAAUAAUGGGCAGAUAAAUUUUCAAGAUGUUCGUGAAAGGGGUUCGAAUAUUUUUAUUACAAAACCUUUCUUUCAAAUUAUUCAGAAUUUAACGAAAACGAAAACCUCAAAUCUUAAAUCUAAUAUCUUUGACAAAAUGCUGUCCGAUGAAAUGUUGUCUAUAAAAAGGCUUUUUCAUCAAAAGAAUCUUUCACAUACACCUAUUCAAAUUACCUCAAACGUAAGUGUGCCAACACCGACUAUAGAUAUAAAACAGAAAUGGCCAGCGGUAGAAUGUAUAUCUACAACAUCAAAUUAUACCAGAGACAUUACAGAUACACGAAAUCAAACAGAUACAACUACAAAAGAUAUUAAUCUAAUCUACAAUAAUGACCCUGUUAAAAAAGCAGUUAAAAAAAAUUUAGGACUUAGAAGUUUGCCUAAAAUGACUGCGAAUCCUGCAUUGGCUCGACAUCAUCAUUUGUCUAUGUCUAGCAAGGUAUGCACUUGUAUGAAGAAUAAUCCCUCUACAACAUGCAGCUAUAGAUGUACAGGCAUUACUAAAAAAAUUUGUACACAUACUUCGUCAAGCACAAAUUAUCAUCGAUGUACGAGAACUGUGCUACCACUAUCAAUGUUUCCAGCCGUGUAUGUGCCAUAUGAAACUUAUUUUGUAGAAUUAUCAACAAACGCACCUAACGAAUAUUAUGACAAUAAUUACGGUGACAAAACAGAUGAAUAUAAAUCAAAACACAAGCAUAAAAACAGGCCAUAUAAAGAUGAAGAUUUGUAUUAUGAAGAUACUGAACAUAAAGGAUCCUCAAAAUUGUAUAAUAAUGAAUAUUACGACUAUUAUUUAAAUAAACCUGUGACAGCGAGACCACAUGAUAUUGAUUCAUCAAAAAAUAUUGUGAAUGGGGAUCACUUUGUUAUCAGCAAAGUGAAUCAAGAUAAAUUGGUGAAUGAAGUAGAGAAAGAUUUGAAAAAGUUUUACAGUAAUGUGGCAAUUAAGGAUUGCUAUUGUUCAUCAGUGCUAAGAAAUCAUAUAGAACCUCUAAUGUAUUAUUUGCAUGAUGCAAGAUGCUUUUUAAUCCUAUUUAUAUUCUUGUUUCUUUUGUAAAUUCAUUGUUUUAAAUACUUUCCCAGUAAAAUUUUCAGUAUUAUGUUAAUAUACUAGAGUUACGUUGUCAAAUAUUCAACUGUGACCAUUAUUAUUAUUAGUGUAUCAGUAUUAAAUGUCUUACAUUGUUUUUUACAUUUUGACAAUAUUUAUAACUGUAGGAAUAUUUAGAGCGAUUUAUGCACACACAUAUUAUGGUUUUUAUUAUUAGAUAUUUUUGGAAUUUUUAUUUUCCAAUAAAAUUUGCUAAUUUAUCAAAAUUAUCAAUAUAAUGUAAGCACAAAAUAAAUUCCCUCAGUAUUAAUUUUGUUAAUAUUUCAAUUCUUUUUUGUUAGAAAGAAAAUUUUGAAAGAAACAAAGGACAGAUGGUGUUUUUGAACAGUCAAUUGGUCAUC